CCAAAACUUAUCUGCGUCCGAUUAAAAAUCAAUAUCCCAUCCUCCAAAAGUCAGAUAGAGAGAGGAAAAUUAAAGUAAAGAAGAAGAAGAAAGUUCAGUAACAAGACAAAUCAAAAAUGAAUGUUGAAGAAGAAGUUGAACGUUUGAAAGAAGAGAUUAAGAGAUUGGGUAAGGUUCAACCAGAUGGUUCCUACAAGGUUACGUUCGGCGUUAUGUUUCAUGAUGAUAGAUGUGCAAACAUAUUUGAAGCAUUAGUUGGAACUCUAAGAGCAGCAAAGAAGCGAAAGUUACUAACCUACGACGGUGAGUUACUACUACAAGGUGUUCAUGACAAUGUGGAGAUUGUUCUGAAACCUUCCCCACCAGCAACAGAAGCUGCUGCAUCUGUAGCAUGAUCAAACAUGAAUUAUCGAGAUUUGACCCAGUGAUUUUAAAUGUAAUUUAUGUUUUGGUGGACAACUUCAAUGACUGGUUAAAACAACUUUGGUAUCAGCUGGUAUGUCCAUGUUUAUGAAGGCGAAUGUUUACUAUUAUAUCAUCCAUCACCUGUGUAUUUUUGUUUCCUUUAGUUUCUGCCGUAAGUGAUAUCUUGCUUUCUUUA